GGAAAAUGCGGAAGUCGCCAUUUGACAAGUUUUAUAAAUGAGAAUUAUUUGAAGCUCAGGAAUAAGUGAAGCUGAAAUUUGAAAAAAAAGAAAGUGAAUGCAUGCUAAUUAUCAGACCAGAAGUCCCACUUGUAGAAUAUUGAGCAAUUUGUGUGAAGUGGGGAAGAUGAAAGAAGUCAGAAUUUGAAACGGAAGAAUGAAGAAAAGGAAUAAAAAUGAAGUUAAGAUAAGAAGUAAUCUGGAAUCUGAAAGCACUACGCUAAGUAAUUACUAGUCUGUUUAUGUGUCCCUGUAUAUUUUGCUAAACAUGCAUGCAUUAUCUGUUUAAUAGCAAAAGUAUAUGCAGGGUAAAGAAGUGUCUACCAGGGAAAAGAAAAAAAAAAAAAAACCACAACAACUUAAAAAAAUCUAGGCAGUUCUAAUGCCAACUGCCCGGACACAUAGAUAUGAAUUUUUACCAUUUAUUUCACUGGAGCUUGUUUACAGACAUUAGGUGAACGAGAAAUUGUGUACAAAUUAGGCUUUCAAUAUCUGCGUGCAGGAAUCCCGUUCUGCUUCCAGAAGCGGAAGUGCUCAUGGGUCUGGCAAGUCGGGGAGGCACACCCCUGCAAGAUCUCGAUCUAAGGAGGAUUCCAGGCGUUCCAGGUCAAAAUCUAGAUCCAGGUCUGAAUCCAGAUCUAGAUCAAGGAGGAGUUCCCGUAGACACUACACACGAUCACGCUCUCGUUCCCGCUCUCACAGGAGAUCCAGAAGUAGGUCCUACAGUCGGGAUUAUCGGCGCCGACACAGUCACAGCCAUUCACCCAUGUCUACUCGCAGACGUCAUAUUGGAAACAGGGCAAAUCCUGACCCAAAUUGUUGUCUUGGCGUGUUUGGAUUGAGUCUGUACACCACAGAAAGAGAUCUGAGAGAAGUUUUCUCCAAGUAUGGUCCAAUUGCUGAUGUUUCCAUUGUGUACGACCAGCAGUCUCGACGUUCAAGAGGAUUUGCAUUUGUGUACUUCGAAAACGUUGAGGAUGCUAAGGAAGCAAAGGAACGUGCCAAUGGAAUGGAGCUGGAUGGAAGAAGGAUUCGGGUAGACUUCUCCAUAACAAAAAGACCUCACACACCUACCCCUGGCAUCUAUAUGGGAAGACCCACUUAUGGCAGCUCGCGACGACGAGAUUACUACGACAGAGGAUAUGAUAGAGGGUAUGAUGAUCGUGACUAUUACAGCAGAUCAUACAGAGGAGGUGGCGGUGGCGGAGGAGGAGGAUGGAGAGCUGUUCAAGACAGGGAUCAGUUUUACAGGAGGAGAUCCCCGUCCCCAUACUACAGCCGAGGGGGCUACAGAUCUCGGUCCAGAUCUCGAUCCUAUUCACCUCGUCGCUAUUAAAGCAUGACGUGUAGAGGAAUUUCUAGCUACAGCCUUUGAGUUGAAAUUGCAAGUUUGUGGACAAUAUUUUUUUAUUGUCUCUUCUGUUGAAACAAGUGAACAGUGCCUAGUGAAUAGGUGACUUUUACACCUUUUAUGAAGACUACUUCUGUGACGUUCAAUGCUGUUUCAUUCUGCAUAUUUGUGUAGUUCGGUGCUUUGUUUCAAGUUGUGUUUUGAAAGGAGUAUGUUUUGCAUGUAUUUUUUUAGUCUCAAUUUUGACUCCUGAAAGGUUUCUAUUGUAAAGACAAACUGUUCAGUUAGUUUUUUCUACUGAUUCCGAGGUAUUCUGAAGAUCAAAACCUGUGUAAAAUGCUUUCCAAAAGUGAAAAAAAUAAAAUAAAAAGGAGUUU